AUGAUGGACGAGUUGCGGCCACCGCCGCCACCCGUACGAGUCGAUUCGAUCUCAGGGUCGACAUCAAGUCUCGAAAUGAAACCACUACCUCGUCUUCCAGAUGAAGAUUCGAAUAAAAAGAAGAAAUUAACUACCAAAGAUUGGUCGAAAAAGGAUUCGUCUAAACUAACGAUAUCACGCCCAACGAAUUUCAACCAUCCCAUACAUGUUACAUAUAAUCCAUCAACAGGUGAAUUCGAUGGUAUGCCAGAGUUAUGGUCAAGUUUAUUACAACAUUCGAAAAUUACUAAACAAGAACAAAAACAAAAUCCACAGGCUGUUAUCGAUGCCUUGGAUUUCUAUCAACAUGCUGCACAUAAGAGAGAGUCAAAAUUCAUGUACUCAAGUUGUAAAAAUUUAACACCGCCGAUAUCCGGUGAUUUAGCGGAUAAAUUUCGUCAGACAAUCAUUCUUGUUUCCGAUCGCACAUCAUCAACAAGAGACCAAGCAUCAAGUAGCGUGAUCAAUCGUCAUGAUAACGACGAAAUACCGCCACCGAUUGCUGAGCGACCAGAAAAAACUAAGAGCAUCUAUACGCGACCAAUUGAUGAUGAGACUAACGGAUCGAAUUCAUCUUCAUCGGUUAAUGGUGAUAAAAUCAAACGUAAACAAUUGACGGAUGACGAAAUCUAUACAAAGCUGCGAUUAAUUGUAUCACACGGUGAUCCAAAUAAGAAAUAUCGAAAUAAAGAUAAAAUCGGUCAAGGAGCAAGUGGAACAGUACUAUUAGCUUAUGAAUUAGCUACAGGAGAGGAAGUGGCUAUCAAACAAAUGAAUUUAGCCAAUCAACCAAAGAAGGAAUUAAUUAUCAAUGAAAUUGCGGUCAUGAAACAUAAUCGUCACAUCAAUAUCGUUAAUUAUAAAGAUUCCUAUUUAGUUGGCGAAGAACUUUGGGUGGUGAUGGAAUAUCUUCCAGGUGGAUCACUAACAGAUGUCGUCACAGAGACUAUAAUGGAAGAAGGACAUAUAGCAGCUGUUUGCCGAGAAGUCCUGCAAGCAUUGGAGUUUCUUCAUAAAAAUCAUGUUAUACAUCGAGAUAUCAAAAGUGAUAAUAUUCUUCUAGGAAACGAAGGCAAUGUCAAAUUAACAGAUUUUGGAUUCUGUGCGCAAAUUACACAAGAUCAAACCAAACGGCAGACAAUGGUUGGAACGCCUUAUUGGAUGGCACCGGAAGUAGUCACUAGAAAACAGUACGGACCAAAAGUUGAUAUAUGGAGUUUGGGUAUCAUGGCCAUUGAAAUGAUCGAAGGCGAACCACCGUAUCUAAAUGAAAGUCCACUACGAGCUCUCUAUUUAAUUGCAACUAAUGGAAAGCCAGAAAUAGCUGGACGUGAUAAAUUAUCACCAUUAUUUGAAGAUUUUCUUGAUCAAUGUCUCGAAGUCGAUGUGGAUAAACGUGCAAAUGCUUCUCAACUUCUCCAACAUCCAUUUCUGAAAAUGGCUAAACCAUUACAAAGUCUCGUCCCAUUGAUCAAUGCCGCACGAGAGAGUAUCAAACGUAAUGCAUAA